AUGCAGAAUGAAGAAGGGCUUAUUACCGAGCUUUAUAUUCCCAGGAAAUGCUCGACCACAAACAAGUUGAUUACUUCAAUGGACCAUGCUUCCGUUCAGAUCAACGUCGGGCAUUUGGAUGAGAAUGGCAUGUACAACGACCAUUUCUCCACCUUUGUUCUCUAUGGAUUUGUUCGAGCUCGGGGAGAUGUUGAUAGUGAGCUUGAUCGCCUUUAG